AUGAAUACGUCACUAACUGCUGAUGUGAUCCGUAAGCUGUUUAUGGACUAUUUUGCUGAACAAAAGCAUAUUUAUGUUCAUUCGUCUUCAACAAUUCCUCUUGAUGAUCCAACAUUAUUGUUCGCAAAUGCUGGAAUGAAUCAAUUUAAGCCAAUGUUCUUAGGAACUGCAGAUCCAAAUUCUGAAAUGUCAAAAUGGGUACGAGUUGCCAAUACUCAGAAAUGUAUCAGAGCUGGUGGAAAACAUAAUGACUUGGACGAUGUCGGUAAAGAUGUUUAUCAUCAUACAUUCUUCGAAAUGUUGGGAAAUUGGUCAUUCGGAGAUUACUUCAAAAAGGAGAUUUGUACAUGGGCUUGGGAAUUCUUAACUGAUCGUUUGAAGCUUCCAAAGGAACGAUUGUAUGUUACAUACUUUGGUGGUGAUGAAAAGACUGGUCUUGAGCCUGAUUAUGAAUGCAAACAAAUCUGGGCUGAUUUAGGAGUUUUGCCUGCACAUAUUUUGCCCGGCUCAAUGAAAGAUAAUUUCUGGGAAAUGGGAGAAACAGGACCUUGUGGACCAUGUAGUGAGCUCCAUUUUGAUAGAAUUGGUGAUCGUAGUGUCCCUGAAUUAGUUAAUAUGGAUGAUCCUGAUGUUUUGGAAAUUUGGAAUCUUGUAUUCAUUCAAUUUAAUCGUGAAGCUGAUCAAUCACUUAAAUUGUUGCCUAAAAAGCAUAUUGAUUGCGGCAUGGGAUAUGAACGUCUCGUUUCAGUCAUUCAGAACAAAAGAUCCAAUUAUGAUACAGACAUUUUUAUGCCACUUUUUGAUGCUAUUCAGAAAGGAACUGGGGCACGUUCAUAUACAGGAAAAGUUGGUGCUGAAGAUAUUGAUGGAGUCGAUAUGGCUUAUCGUGUUUUAGCUGAUCAUGCUCGUACUAUUACAAUUGCAUUAGCUGAUGGUGGAUAUCCAGAUAAUACAGGUAGAGGCUAUGUAUUGAGAAGAAUUUUACGUCGUGCUGUUCGAUAUGCAACAGAAAAACUUAAUGCUAAACCUGGAUUUUUCGCAACUUUAGUCAACACAGUCGUUGAAUUGCUUGGAAAUACAUUCCCAGAAUUAAAGAAAGAUCCAUUCCAUAUUAUGGAUAUAAUUAAUGAGGAAGAACAGCAAUUCUUAAAGACAUUGACUCGUGGACGUAACUUACUAAAUCGCACAAUUGCUAAACUUAAAGACACAAAUGUAUUGCCUGGAGAUGUUGCUUGGCGUUUAUACGAUACUUAUGGAUUCCCAAUUGAUCUUACUCAAUUGAUGGCUGAGGAAAGGAACAUGACAAUUGAUAUGGUCGCGUACGAAGAAGCUAAACAGAAGAGUUAUAUCCUAUCGCAAGGCAAAGCAGCUAAUGCAACUGAUACAAUCAAUUUUGAUGUCUAUGCUAUUUCUGAACUUCAAGAAAAGAAAGUUCCAGUCACAGACGAUUCCUUCAAGUAUCGUUAUAAGGCUGAAUCAACAGAACCAAAAGCUGAAUAUGUGUUUGAAGGAUGCAGAGGUAAAAUCUUGGCAAUUAGAUGCAAUAAUGCAUUUAUUGAUGAAGUCACUAGUGGACAAGAAUGUGGAUUGGUUUUGGACAAGACCAACUUCUAUGCUGAGUCUGGUGGACAAAUUUAUGAUCAAGGAUAUUUCGUAAAAGUUAAUGAUGAAGGAAAUGAAUUUACAGUACGCAAUGUCUACAAUAAAGUCGGUUAUAUCGUUCAUGUUGGUAUCGUUGAAGGAACUUUACGCGUUGGAGAUGAAGUUGAUAUUAAUUUGGAUACAGUUCGUCGUUCCUUAACUAUGAAAAAUCACUCAGCUACUCAUGCUUUAAAUCAUUCACUCCUUAAAGUUCUUGGAAAUGAUACAGAACAGCGCGGAUCAUUGGUUGUUCCUGAAAAACUUCGAUUUGAUUUCACUAAUAAGAGCGCAAUGACUGUUAAGCAAAUCGCAGAAGCUGAAAAACGUACUCAGGAUGUUGUCGAACGUAAUGUCCAAAUUUAUGCUAAGGAAUCAAACUUGAAGGUCGCUAAAGCAAUUAAAGGAUUAAGAUCUGUCUUUGAUGAGGUCUAUCCCGAUCCAGUAAGGGUUAUUUCAUUCGGAGUUUCUGUAGAAGAUCUUGAAAAGAACCCCGAAGGCGAAGAAGGUGUUGAAACAUCUGUAGAAUUUUGUGGCGGUACCCAUUUACAUCAAUCAGGUCAUAUUGUUGACUUUAUUAUCACAAGUGAGGAAGCUAUAGCUAAAGGAAUCAGAAGAAUUGUCGCUUUGACUGGACCAGAAGCUGAAAAAGCUCGCAAAAAGACUGCCUUAUUGGAGAAUGAAUUGAAAAACCUUAAAUCUCAAAUUGAUGCUGCUGGAAAUGACAUCAACAUUAAGGAAAUGACAAAAUUGAUUGUCGACCUGACUGAAGAAGUGUCACAAGCUGUAAUUCCUUACGUAAAGAAAGAUGAGAUUCGUAACACAUUGAAAGAUUUAAAGAAAAUAUUGGGCGAUAAGGAUAAGGCUGUUAAAGCUGCUGUCUCGAAUGUUGUCAUUGAACAAGCCAAGCAGCUUUGUGAAGAAAAUCCAGAAGCUAAAUUCUUCGUUCAUAGAUUUGAAGCUUUCAAUAACACAAAAGCUCUUGAUUCUGCCUUAAAACAAGUCAAAACAUUAAAUGCUGAAACAUCUGCUUUAUUCGUGACUGUCGAUGAAGAUUCUAAGAAAAUCUUCUGUUUGGCUGCAGCAUCAAAAAGUGGAAUUGAGAAAGGACUUAAAGCUAAUGAAUGGGUUCAACAUUUAUCAGUUGUUAUGGGCGGCAAAGGAGGUGGAAAACCUGAUUCUGCACAAGCACAAGGAAGCAAUUUUGAUAAAGUCAAUGAAAUCUUGGAAUUGGCUAAACAAUUUGCAAGCUCAAAGCUCGAGUAA